AUGCCCAACCGGGACUCUGGCUACUCAUCGGGCGCCCCAAUUCCUGCUCCAGACUCUUCGCGCUCAGCUGUGCUAGGUGAUAUCCAGAAGGCCGGCGGUAUCAAGGCCUUGAAGAAGGUCGACAGAACCCAGAUUCGCGACAGAAGCGCUGCGACGGUUGGUGGAAGCAGCGACACGGGGCCGCAUGGUAGUGGCUUGCCCCCCACUGGCGUCGCGCCCGGAGGCGGCGGUGACAUGGCAAACGCACUGGCUGCUGCACUGCAGAAAAGAAAGGAGAAGGUCAGCCGAAGUGAUGACGAAAGAAGUGAUAAUGACGACUGGUAA